AUGCAAAUGGAUAAGAGCGGCAACAGUAUCUUGUUUCAGCUCAACAACUUGCGCCUUAGUGAUGGCACCACAGCAGGGUAUCGCCUACGUGCGGGGACAACUCCACCAAGUGUAGCAAUGCCCAAAAAAACAUUUUCAGGAAUUGGGCUUACGGGCAGCAUGGGCGGCACCUGCAUUGGCGUACGCCCUAUCGAUUCCUUGCCAGCUUCUGGAUCGGACGACACGGCUCAAAUUAAGGAAUCCAGGGAGGCUCCGCCUUCAUUGUUGGAAAAAAAAUCAAUAAGUCAACUCGGCGUUGGAAAACCCACAACGAUCUAUGAAUCGUCUGAGCACCUCAAAGACGAUAGGUACAAUGAUGGUAAUUACUUUCGUUUUGAUAGUGAUAACAAUGAUAAUAUUGUUGGGUCAAAGGUGUGUAAACCUAAUGAUAUCCGGAGGAGCAAGCCAGGAAUUAUGGUACCGAAGCCCCGUUCAGGUGCUGGAACUACUUCUUCCUCUCCUCGUAUAGAAAAUUCCAAUUCAGAGUCUCAUGAAGCUAUCAGUAAGGAUGAUGUACUAGAUAUGCAGUGUCUGAUUCUUAAUGCAACGUCAGAUUUUUCUAGCGAUAACAAGGAGAAGGAUUCUUCCCAAGGAGUGGCUGCGCUUUUCAACACACUAAAAAAUAAGGAGUUACAGCCGCUAAAUCCGAAACGAACUAGUGGUGCCAUGAACGUCGAAGAUGAUCCACUACAUCCAGAAAGGGAUUUCUAUAGCCCAAAUCAAACUGAUGGAGAGCUAAACAGGUUGAGUGAGACUCAGUCGUCUCACAUUAUGGCGAGUGCGUUUCAACACGGAUUUUUUUCUGCAUCUGGCUUCUCAGCUAUAGAGCGUUCUAAAGCACUCGAUGCGAAUCAAUUUAUUGUGUCUGCCUUUGGUGGGGGGCCUAUAGACAACGACAGGGCCUUAAAGCCCGUGAUACGUACCUUGCCCGAGUUGCCAGAAGGUGGCCGCUACAUUGUUGUUGGCGAUGUUCAUGGUUGUGUAACUCAACUUGAGGCGUUGGUCAAAAAGGUGGAGUACACACCAGGCAAGGAUUGCCUUAUAAUAAUCGGCGAUUACGUCAAUAAAGGGCCCUAUUCAAUAGAAGUCAUACGAGCUUGUCAGAAAUGGCGUGCUCUAGGAGUGCUUGGGAACCAUGAUUAUACGUUGAUUAAUUGCUGCAAACAGAUGCGCCGAAAACCCUUUAAUAAUCAUGAACUACGCGACCCAGUAAAGAGAUUGGCAAUGAAGUUUCCUUUAGACUGUGAGUUCUACCUGAGAAGCCUGCCACACAUUCUUCGGAUGCCAAAAUACAACGUUGUUCUUGUGCAUGCUGGGUUUAAUAUACAAUGUUCACUGGAAGAGCAGAAUAUAUAUGAUAUUAUGCAUAUGCGACGACUGGAGCUCGUUCCUAAGGAAAACGGUGAUCCAUAUUUGGAGGGAGAUGCACUCAGAUACAGAGCCAUCAUCAAAGGCAAAGGUGGUGUCCCAUGGGCAGAAAUGUGGCAGGGUCCGGAGCUAGUCAUCUUCGGUCACGACGCCUUCUCUGGUUUCCAAGAAAAGCCAUUGGCCUAUGGCAUUGACACUGGUUGUGUGUAUGGUUGUGCUCUCACCUGCGUUGUUCUCAGCGAAGAUCAUCCUAAAGGGGAAUUCUUCUAUGUCCCUGGUCUCACAAAAGACCCCAAUGCUUUGAAGGACAUGCCUCCUCAUGUAUCGCCUACAUACGAGAAAUUAGAGGAAGGACUCGACACAAACUUGAUACGGCCGUCUCGGCGUAGCGCAACGUCAGGCACGUUGUGCACUCCGUCUUAUUUAUCGGGAUCAUACAACCAGUCUUUUCCGACUGCCGCGAUCGCCCUGCCGAAUUCACCCCCGACAAAUUUCCACAGCAGACAGUUUACAACACAAUCCGUUUCAGAAGGAAUGAUCGUGAACUCUGCUCAGAAGAACCCAUCUGAAGGCAUCUACAGAACGCACAAGAACGCUUUACUGGCCCUCUCUGCAGCCGAAGAACUUCGCGCACUCGUAGUUCUGAUGAAUUUGCCUGACUAUGAGGAAAUCAUAAACACUAUGCUUUCGAACGAUAGGAAUAACACAGAGGCUCAGGAAUCCUUCUGGGUGCCAUUUUCAAGGAAUAUUCUACAAGCAUCCCUUUUGCUAACGCCUAGAGUCGAUGUAGGGAAUGACAUCGAAGACAGCGUUGAGGUCGUAGAUAUUGUGCAAUAUGUAUUGAGUGUGUGCGUAGAUAUGACGGCUGUCAAGGCGAAGGUACUUCCCCAACUCAAUGCAUUGUUCGCUCAUGCUAACUAUGUUAGUAAAGACGAUCGGAAGAAUCACUGGAAAGGGAUAGCGAAGUACAUAGAAACAAUGUUAACCUAA